AUGCCCACACUAACCAAGGGCCACAUGAUGUUGAUAGCAUUUGAGGCAACAGCCUACACCAAAGGCCAAAAUGUGUCAAUGAGGUUCAAGGGUAAAACUAACUUAUCUCACAUUAGUCUAAACCUAGCUCACAUUCCCUAUUGGUGGGUGAACAAUCCAACAUUUGGUGAAUUCUACUUCAUAAUGAUAGGAAAAGCCAACAUUGAAGGAUCAAAAAGCAAUGUUGAUAUGAAUGAUUGGUUGCCACAAGCCAGUUAUCCUUAUGAUGACAAGGCAUUUGGCUACCUUAAGAAAGUCAUAGUUACUCCCGCCAUUUUCUCAUACUUGGUUGAAUUUCUUCACUUUGACAUUCAAAGCACUAGUACCAGUUUUGAGUCGACUAUUUAUCACUUGGGGAAGGCCAUCGAGGGAGUUGUUCCUAGUCCUUCUCUUGGCUAG